GUAAUAGUGUCAGCUUUGGGGUAGUGCUAGAGGUGCAAGAGCACAGGGUCUUCAUAUUUUCAUGAAUAUUUGUUUACUAUUUAGGGUCUUUAUUUUUGAAAUUAUUUUACAUUAAGGGUCCAAAUUUUAAAGUCAUUCACUAACAUAGGUAAGAAAAUAUUGCACAAGGUCCACAUAAUUUUUAAGCCGGGCACGUGUUUCACUUCACAUAUGUGUGCUUUGUGAUUGAUACAAGGUUUGUUACUUUGUUGAGCCUUGAUGUUGUCCCGAGUGAGUUUUUAAAGAAUCAGCUUAAAACUAAUUGCAACCUCUCUGUUUUCCCAUGAAAGUAACCUUGUUAAAAGUUAGAAAACUUUGCGACUUGUAUAAUAUAAUCUAUAAAAAAAGUUUCUGUUUAGGGGCACAGUUUUAUAGAAACUUGUCUUUAGUCUUUAGAACACUUUAGUGGAAUCAAUAAUGGAAAUAAUAUUCAGUCUUCAGUUUCUGGGUAGUGGAAUCAAAAUUCUUCAGUAAAGGUUGUAAAACCACUGUACAGUUAUAAAAGAAAAUUCUUCAGUAGCCUUUAGAAACCUCUCUUCAGCAAACUCGUGAGUAUAGCAAGAAUAUACAUUAGUUGCAUACAUCUUAAUAAGAUUUUGUUAAGUAAAUACAGCCAGAAAGUCUUGGAGCACUAGCAGAAGUACACAAAAAAGGAGAACAAAACAAUUACAUUGAAAAGUCUAAGCAUUGACGGUCGAUAAAUAUUCUCUAAAUAUUAUACUGAAAAAAGUAGAAAGAUAAUAAUGUAAAGAUAAGAGAAAUAUAUGUGUGUGAACGUGCAGUCAGUCAACAAAUAGGAAUCUUCCACCAAUUUUUUUUUUUUGACUAGAGUCAACAGAUAGGAAACUUCUGCUAAGUUAUACUACUUAUAAAGUCUUAAAACAUUCUUCAGCAUAUCAAUCAUCAAGUCUCUCUCUCUCUCUCUCUCUCUCUCUCUCUCUCUCUCUCUCUCUCUCUCUCUCUCUCUCUCUCUCUCUCUCUCUCUCUAUAUAUAUAUAUAUAUAUAUAUGGCUCUCCCAUUAGCUUUGUCUUCCUCUUCUCGCACUUGGGUGUACGAUGUUUUCCCAAGCUUCAGUGGGGCAGACGUUCGUGUUACUUUCCUCAGCCACUUUCGUAAGGAGCUUAACCGGAAACUGAUCAUUGCUUUCAAAGACAGUGAGAUCGAGAAAAGCCACUCCAUCGGACCCGAGCUUAAACAGGCCAUUAAAGAUUCGAGGAUCGCGGUGGUUAUCUUCUCCAAAAACUACGCAUCUUCAAGCUGGUGUCUUAAUGAGUUGCUGGAGAUAGUAAAGUGCAGGGAAGAGUGUGGUCAAAUGGUGAUACCUGUUUUCUACCGUUUAGAUCCUUCCCAUGUGAGGAAACAAACCGGUGAAUUUGGUAAAAUCUUUGAAAAGACAUGCCACGACGAAACAGAGGAAGUGAAGAUAAGAUGGAGUGAAGCUUUGACCGAUGUAGCUAAUAUCCUUGGAUAUCAUUCUGUCAUAUGGGGUAACGAAGCAGACAUGGUUGAAAAAAUUGUCAAUGAUGUUAUAGAGAAACUACUUUUAACUCCAGCAAAGGAUUCUGAGGACUUUGUCGGCAUCGAAGAUCAUAUUGCAAAAUUGAGUAUGUUGUUGCAGUUGGAAGCAGAGGAAGUGAGGAUGGUUGGUUUAUGGGGUUCUUCCGGGAUUGGAAAGACUACUAUUGCAAGAGUUUUAUUCAACCGACUUUCUCGACACUUUCAAGGUAGCAUUUUCAUAGACAUGGCUUUCGUAUCUAAGAGUAUGGAAAUUUUCAACAGAGCUAAUCCGGACGACUACAAUAUGAAGUUGCAUUUGCAAAAAAAUUUCCUAUCUGAAAUCCUAGGGAACGGAGACAUAAAGAUAAAUCAUUUGAGUGCGGUUGAGGAGAGGCUGAAGAACAAGAAAGUUCUUAUUUUCAUUGAUGAUGUCAGGGAUCAAGUUGUGCUAGAUGCCUUGAUUGGUCAAAUUCAAUGGUUUGGAAGUGGGAGCAGAAUCAUUGUGGUAACAAACGAUAAGCAUUUUUUAAGGGCACUUGGGAUUGAACACAUUUACGAGGUCUGUCUCCCAUCUGAACACAUUGCUAUAGAGAUGUUAUGUCAAUCUGCUUUCAGGAAAAAGUCUCCACCUGAAGGUUUCGACGAGCUUGUUGUUGAAAUUACAAGACUUGUUGGUAGUCUUCCUUUAGGUCUUACUGUUUUGGGUUCAUCUCUACGAGGAAGGGAUAUGGAGUACUGGAUAGAUUUGUUGCCAAGGCUUCAGAAUGGUAUAGAUGGGAAAAUUGAGAAAACAUUGAGAAUCAGCUAUGAUGGAUUAAGCAGCGAAGAUAAAGCUAUAUUUCGCCAUGUCGCAUGCCUUUUCAAUGGUGCAAAAGUCACAAACCUGAAGUUGUUGCUCGCAGAUAGUGGCUUGAAUGUUAAUGUUGGGCUGAAAAACCUAGCUGAUAGGUCUCUCAUUCAUUUAAGAAAGGGUCAUGUGGAAAUGCACCGUUUGCUACAAGAGAUGGGUAAAAAAGAUGUUCGCCUUGAGAAGCCUGAAAACCAGGAAUUUCUGAUGGAUUCACAAGAUAUUUCUGAUGUACUCAGUGAAGGCAUUGGUACUCAAAAGGUUAUAGGUAUAGCGUUGGAUAUUGAUGAGAUAGAUGAGUUUUAUGUGCAUAAGAGUGCUUUCACAAGGAUGCGCAAUCUCCGUUUCCUCAAACUUUACUCGAGACUGAGAUUGUACAGAGAAGGUAAAUUGCAGCUACACGGAAACUUUGACUAUUUGCCUCCUAAACUUAAAUUAUUGCAUUGGGAUGAAUUUCCAAUGAGAUAUAUGCCUUCUAAGUUUCGUCCUGAAAACCUCGUCGAGCUCAUAAUGGAGGAUAGCAAGCUCGAGAAGCUCUGGGAAGGGAUUUUGACGCUUCCAUGUCUCAAGGAGAUGGAUCUGUCCGGAUCUCAGAACUUGAUAGAAAUGCCAGAUCUUUCAAAGGCCACCAAUCUAGAGACACUUAAACUUCGGAAUUGCUAUAGUUUGGUGAAGCUUCCUUCCUCUAUUCCACAUCCCAACAAACUGACGACAAUAAACUUGAAGAACUGUCGGAAUCUGGAAACUAUUCCAAUAGGCAUUAGCCUCAAAUCUCUCGAAGUGCUAAAUCUCUAUGGAUGCUCAAUGCUGAGGACUAUUCCCCUAUUCUCAGUCAACAUCUCACAUCUCAGUAUAGACGAAACAUCCAUCGAAGAAAUCCCUUCAGUUUUGCAGCUGGAGAAUUUUCGUCUCGAGAAUCUCUCUUAUUUAAGCAUGAAAAACAUAAAGAGUGAGAAACUGUGGGAAAGGGUGCAGCCGCUUACUCUCCUCACCACGAUGCUGUCUCCCUCUUUGAAUCAGUUGUAUCUCUCGGAAAUCCCAAGCUUGGUGGGGCUUCCAUCUUCAUUUCAGAAUCUCCAUCAACUGAUGCAUUUGGAAAUUAAGAACUGCAUAAAUCUUGAGACUCUUCCCACUGGAAUCAACCUCCAAUCUCUGUGGGAACUAAAUCUUAGUGGAUGCUCAAGGUUGAGGACUGUUAGAUUCGGGUUUAUUAUGGGCUUCCAACUCAAAACCAAUUGGCAAUUAGUGGAUUGGCCCUAACCCUUUAUAUAAUAGUAGAUUAAUUCUUAUAUAUCCGAUGUGGGAUGUUUCUCAUCAAUAAGGACUUUUCCCGAUAUCUCUACCAACAUCGGAAGACUCUAUCUAAGCGAAACUGGGAUUGAAGAGGUUCCUAGGUGGAUUGAGAAAUUAUCCUGGCUUAGAGUCCUGUACUUGAAUGGAUGCAUAAAUCUGGAGACUCUUCCCACCAGAAUCAACCUUCCAUCUCUCUAUGUCUUAGAUCUCAGUGGAUGCUCACGGUUGAGGGAUUUUCCUGAUAUCUCAACCAACAUCAAAGUCAUAUGGAUGAAAGGGUGCAACAAGUUAGAAUAUGUCAACCUUAACUUUUUUAAACUUACAAGACUUGAGGAAGUUGACUUUUCAAACUGCUUAAAUUUGGAUAAAGAAGCUCUGUUUCAACAGAGAACAUAUUUGGGUUGUCAACUGUGGUUUUCAGGAGAAGAAGUACCUUCAUAUUUCACUCACCGUACUACUGGAACCUCCUCCUCUUUAACCGUCCAUCUACUUCCCAGCUCUCUCUCGCAGCCAUUCCUCAGAUUCAGGGCUUGCCUUGUGCUUUUUGACAACUACGUAGCUAAUUUCCGCUUCAAAGGCAGAUUUUGGAACAGCUUUGAUUCCUUUGGUCAACAGGCACAAGACUUCUGGGGUGAAACAGAGUAUUAUUCGAUCAAGCCAUUUGUGAAGGGUAGUCAUCUGUUAAUAUUGGACUGUGAUAUCCAUCUAAGCAUAGGCAGUGAUAUCCUAGCUGAAAUGAACUACACCCAUGUAGAUUUGCAGCUUGAUUUUCCCUCUGAGUACGAAUUGAAAGAAUGGGGUAUACGACUCUGUUCACUAGCGGACAACCAACUUGGUAAUCCAAACACUCUACCACAUGUUUUCGAAACCGAUGGAGGCAAUACGCUUUAUCAGGCCGGAGAAGGUGAAGGAUGUGGAAGCAAUGAUCAAGUGACCGAAAGAAGCAGUAAAAGAAUGCGGAUGUCGUGAACAAACUUUGAAUCUUUGGUUGUAAAGCAGAGCAUCUAAUUAUGAAUUAUUUUAAUGGCUUCUUCCACUAAACCAAAGAGGCGUUUCAACUAGGAAUGUCAAACGGACAUGAUGUUCAAACGGACAGCCCAUGUCUAAAUUAUCUAAGAUUAGACUAAAUCUGCUGAAACGGGCGAAAUCCAAUUGCGUCCAUGAGUAAAACUGGGCUGGACCAUCUUAAAAUUGUGCAGCCCAAAUAGAUAAAAUGUAUAGGUCUAAGAAAUUGAGAAAAAAAUAUAAUUUCACUUUGUCUUGCCAAAACUACAAAAUAGAAUUUUUCGUCAAAACCA